AUGAACAUUUUAACGAAGAUCAGGCUGAUAAAUGAGCUAAAUUACAAAGAGCUUAGACAUGGAACGAAACCUGAAAAUUCUUGGCACAUGCAAUACAAAGAUUCUGCGUGGAUCUACGCUGGAAAUUUGAGCUACAAACUAACAGAAGGAGAUUUGCUGGCCGUUUUCUCGCAGUAUGGAGAAAUUUCGAACAUUAACCUUGUCAGGGAUCGAGAAACUGGCGCUUCGAAGGGCUUCGUUUUCAUCUGCUACGAAGAUCAGCGAAGUACGAUUCUAGCGGUCGAUAAUUUCAACGGAAUGGAGCUUUGUGGAAGGCCCGUUCGAGUAGAUCACGUGGAAGAAUAUAAAGUGCCAAAAAUACACGACGACAUGGAGCCAGAACUGAAAAAACUGAAAAUCGAAGGCGUUGGGCCAAAAACUCCCGAACCAUCCGACAGCGAGGAAGAAUUACCGACAAUCGAAGCCAUCAGAGACCACAGAAAAGACAAGGCAAAGGCGGAAAAGGAAAAGAAGAAGGAAAAAGAAAAACGACUUCAGAGAGAGUUUCGAUGCUCUCUUGCUCUUUUCAGAGCCGCUGAAGGUGGUUAUUAUGAAGAUUUGACAAAAGACGAGCAGAAAACGAUGAAGCGCAAAAACAAGAAGAAAACGCGAUACGAAGAAGAAAACGAAGUUUUCGAAGCUUUCGGAAGCUCAGCGAAGUGUCCUUGGUAG